AUUUGUGAUCAUCAUCAUGGAGGAGUUUACAUCUUCAAGGAGCAGCUCUCCUCCUCUUUCUUUACUCUUGCAUCAACCUACUACAGAAUAUAGUACAAAAAAGAAAGAUUUGUAUCUUGGACCAAUUGAACAAGGAACAGCCCACUCUGGACCAAUGAGUGAGAAGGUGGUACAGCAUAAGAUGCUCUCGAUACUUGAACAGCUUCAACAGAAUCAAGAAACACUGAGAGAGUCUGUGUACGCACUGCUGGGAAGAACCGGGUCUUCUGGUAUCCCAACCCCUAGUACAAUGGAUGAUUGUACAUGUGGACUAUGUGGAUAUCAGCCAUCGCAAUAUAAAGACUUACAAAACUCUACAAACACUAAGCUACAAGCAAAUACAUGUACAUGCACAGGUACUGGUAUAUGCACAUGCACAUGUAUUAUGGGACCUUUGGAUUCAACGAUGGAUGAAGCAGAGGAAAUUGAAGACUUUUCUGUUAGUGAUCUUACAUAUUCGUCUGAUGUUGAUCUGAUUGAGAAUAUGUGGGACGAUUUUAAUAUAACCGACUACGUACCCAGCCCUCGUUACAAGAAGAUAAAAAGGAAUUCACCGUUGCCUUCCUCAAGGAAAGAUUUCAGUCCAACUCGAGUUACGGUACCUGUCCCUUUCUCGAUGACAUUGAGAGAAGAGAGAAAAGAAAAAAAGAAGAGCAGGAGCCUACAGAUGGCAGAGAAGGAAAAGGAGGAGAGAGAGGCAGAGGAAGAGGCACAUUUGGCCAAACAAUUCAAAGCUAAUCCUGUACCAGCCACAACUUUCCUACCGUUAUACGAAAUGAUCAACGCAUGCAACCAAGAGAGGAGAGAGCAGAUUAAGGAAACAUCAAAGGAAACUCUAAAAAGAUUAGAGAAACCGUUUAGUUUUAUGGCCCGUGAAGAAGCAAAAAAGAAGGAGAGAGAGUCACAAAUAUUGCUAUUGAAAGAGACAGCUGAGAGAGAAAAGAAGGAGAAGCAAUGCUUUCAAGCUGGGGAGAUCCCAGAAUAUGUAUUUGAUCCAAAUAUCAUGGAGAGGAUAGAGGAGGAGGAAGAAUACAGGAAGAUAAGAAUACGCCAGAGGGCACUAGAGAGUCUUGCUGAGUCUCAUUUACCAGCUGGAAUGAGAAUAAGAGGACAAGAGUACAAUCUUGAAAGACUCUUGAGGAGAAUAGCCAAAGAUGAAAAGGUUCUUGAAAAGAAGAAACAACCUUCUGCUAAUGAAAAUAAAUAUGCCUAUAAUGAUUUUGAGCAAGAACUGAUGAGGAGGCAAAGGCAAGUAAAGACAUUAACAUUACCAAUUGAGGAGCUUCAAGGAAAACCUUUGCCAAUAAUAAGACACUCAACUCCUACCAAAUCUGUAACUUUCCAUUGAUAGUAUCUAUCUAUAUGCAUGGUUUUUCUUUUCUUUGUGUAAAUAGAGUAUAAAAUAGAUCUAUCAUCAAAAA